GCGGAGCGCAUUCCUGCACAGCGCUCACACGGGAGGACGCAGACCGCAACGCCUCACAGGGGCUCAGAGCUCACAUUGGAGGUGGAGGAAGUGCCGGGUGUCGCACGAGCACAUAGCGGUCACAUGUGCAGCAGCCUCGGCCUCGGCUAAACGUUGUGUAGUCGAGGAGGACCCGUGCGCCGCGAUGUCGGAGUUCCUGGUGAGUCUACUCGGGGAGCGGCUCGUCAACAGCGAGAAAGCCGAGGUGGACGUGCAGUCGCUGGGCACCAAGCUUUCCCUGGUCGGGCUCUUCUUCGGGUGCAGCCUGAACGCCCCGUGCAAGCAGUUCAACGGCAGCCUGUGCGAGUUUUACAGCCGGUUCAAAAAGGCGUCCGAACACAAGGACAAAUUGGAAAUCGUCUUCAUCUCGUCCGAUCAGGACCAGAAACACUGGCAGGACUUUUUGCAGGAGAUGCCAUGGCCCGCGUUACCGUUCAAAGACCGACACAAAAAGAUGAAGCUGUGGAACAAGUACAAAGUCACCAGUAUCCCGUCUCUGGUGUUUGUGGACGCAACAACGGGAAAGGUGGUGUGUCGAAACGGUCUACUGGUGGUCCGAGAUGACCCUAAAGGCCUGGAGUUCCCCUGGGGGCCGAAGCCAUUUGCGGAGGUGGUGGCAGGGCCUCUGCUCAGGAACAACAGGCAGACAGCUGACAGCAGCUCUCUGGAGGGACACUAUGUGGGAGUGUACUUCUCAGCACACUGGUGCCCCCCAUGCCGCAGUUUGACCCGGGUGUUGGUGGAAUCAUAUCAAACCGUAAAAGAGGCGGGUCAGAAGUUUGAGAUUGUGUUUGUCAGCGCUGACAGGUCCGAGGAGUCCUUUCAGCAGUACUUCAGUGAGAUGCCUUGGUUGGCGGUGCCAUAUUCAGACGAGGCUCGGCGGUCACGUCUCAACAGACUUUAUGGAAUACAAGGUAUUCCCACGCUGAUUCUGCUGGACGCAGAGGGUCACAUGAUCACGCGACAGGGCCGCGUGGAGGUGCUGAAUGACCCAGAGUGCCGACUCUUUCCCUGGCACCCUCGGUCCGUGCUGGAGCUCAGCGAGUCCAACGCCGUGCAGCUACACGAGGGGCCCUGCCUCGUCCUGUUUGUGGACGCUGAGGAGGAAGGUGAAUUGGAGCCGGCCAAGGAGCUAAUUCAGCCAAUAGCGGAGAAGCUUAUGGUCAAGUACAAGGCAAAGGAGGAGGAGAUGCCGCUGCUGUUCUUUGUGGCUGGAGAGGAUGACAUGAGUGACUCCCUGCGGGACUACACUAACCUCCCUGAAGCAGCACCUCUGCUCACCAUCCUGGACAUGUCGGCUCGUGCCAAGUAUGUACGCGACGUGGAGGAGAUCACACCGGUCGUAGUGGAGCAAUUUGUCAACGACUUUCUGGCUGAGAAGCUCAAACCAGAGCCCAUCUGAAGAGGAAGUCCAAAUAUAAAUCGGACACACUAUUUGGGACUCACUCCAUCAUCGCCCCCCUCACCUGUUGCGACUCUCCCCUCGCCUUUACCAUCCUCGUACUCCCACCUCCACUCUGACUGUCAGACAGUUUUUACUGACAUUUCAACUUCUUCUUUUUUUUUGACAUGUUCUCUUUUCACAGAGUCCUGUUUUUCUCCUGUGGUGCCUUGCAUUGAUGAUAGUCCAUAUAUAUAUAUAUAUAUAU